UGGGCCUGGGCCAAGGUGUCACUUAACUCAGAUUGAUAACCGUCACACCACGGCGGAAAAAGCCCAGUAGAAGCGGAGGAGCAAAAAAUGGCGGCGGCUCUGAGAAACAGAAGCAAUUCCCACCUGCACCACCUAACUCGCUUCCUCAACUCACCGAGUCGACGGUGGCUACAAACCGUCGCAUACGAAGAAUUGCGAGCACAUCCGGACAAACCCUACACUUCCACGGCCUUCAUCAUCCAUGGCUUCUUGGGAUCCGCCAGAAACUGGAGAUCGUUCUCUCGCAAUCUCUUGCCCACUCUCUCCAAUUCCUCUCCCUCUUCAAAUUGGAGGAUGGUGAUGUUGGAUAUGAGGAAUCAUGGGCAAUCAGCGGAGAGGAAGCUGAAUCCGCCUCAUGAUUUGGAUAAUGCGGCUAAGGAUUUGGCCGAUUUGGUAAAGACUGAAGGUUGGUCUUGGCCUGAGGUUGUUAUAGGCCACUCCAUGGGUGGGAAAGUGGCUCUGCAGUUUGCUCAGAGUUGUAGCCGUGGUGACUAUGGUGAUUCUGCUGUGUUGCCCAAACAGCUCUGGGUAUUGGACUCUGUCCCUGGAGAAGUGAACUCUGAAAAUAGUAAUGAAGAAAUCCGGGAUAUUUUAGCGACCUUGCAAAGUUUACCAUCACAAAUCCCAUCUCGGAAGUGGCUUGUGAGUCAUCUGAUGGGACUUGGUUACUCUAAGGCAUUGUCAGAUUGGAUAGGAACCAACCUGAAGAAAGUUGGUGAUCAUGAGACAUGGAUAUUUGAUCUUCAAAAUGCUAAGGAGAUGUUCGAUUCUUUCUGCAAAAAGUCUUACUGGAAUCUACUGGAGAACCCUCCCAAAGGAAUGGAAAUAGUAAUUGUGCGUGCUGAAAAAAGUGACAGAUGGGACCAAGAGGCUAUUGAUCGGAUCCAAAAACUAGCCAGUCAGCGAGGAAGUGAUUCUGCUGGAAAGGUUUCCUGUUGUGUUCUCCCAAAUGCUGGUCAUUGGGUUCAUGUGGACAACCCGAAGGGACUUCUUGAGAUUGUGGCUUCCAAGAUGGUAUCUCUUUAGUUCCCAGUUUUAGUUGGAGGUACCUUCAUUGAAGAUUGUGUGACCUGUGUUGAAAUUUUUAACAAUGAGCAAAAGAGAUCUGUCAGUUUUAACAUUAUUAAUUCUUCAAAAUUAUCUAUUUCCCAAAUACUAUAUGUUAUUGUAUAAAUUUGAUUGUGCACUCAUUCAUCAAUUCAUACCCCAACCUGCAAUUGAAUAAAACUCCAGGAAUGUUCAUAAUUGUAAUCUCCACUUAUACAAGGUUUAUUUUUGGUAUGUUGUUUAA